AGUUUACGGUCGACUUUAAUCACCGUUUUGAGUAUCUCGUCGCACUCGUGUCUUCGUUCCGAGUUUGUUAAAAACUACACUACCCGUCAGCCCUCUUGUUUAUUGUCUAAAGUCAGGCGCUGGUCCUGCUUCGCCGACUUGAGGACCGAGCACACUAGCGGCUACUUCGGGACACACAGCAGCUCUUCCCCGGGCCGCGAGUCUCCAGCGAUGGGAAACUUGUAGUGAGUGACCGCUGACAAGUUCACCAUGAUGUCCAUGACUUUUGGGGCGUCGAGCAGCGUGACGCUGCUCUUUGACUUCUGGAGCGUGCACGGGCCUGCGGGGAUGGUGCUGUCGGUGGUGGUGGUCCUGCUACUCGCCGUCUUCUUCGAGGUGCUCAAAGUGUGGAGGGUGUGGCUCCAGUGCAGCUCUGAGUUGGCUCCGCCCCCUGACGUGUACGCCGUCCCCCAAUUCUCUGGCAGCGACGGCAUCUCGUUCGUGGAGAGCAGCCCCUCGGAGUCCUCGCUGACCCCCAUGCAGCAGCCACGCCGCCUCGCUCCCAGCGCCAGGAAACGCUGGCUGAUGCACGGCGCCCAGGCGGCCCUCCACAUGCUGCAGGUGUGUCUGGGCUACAUGCUGAUGCUGUGCGUCAUGUCCUACAACUCGUGGAUCUUCCUCGGGGUCGUCGCCGGCUCCGUCCUCGGUUACUUCUUCGCGUUCCCUCUCCUCGGUCGCAUCUGAUUGGACGGAUCUAUCUUCCGUUCCUUACGAGGGCCACUCGGGAUACUAAAUGGGAAAACUACUCGAUUGACUAAUUUCACUUUUAUUUUUUUAGCUGCACAAUACUAAACGCACACGACUCCUCUGGUUGGCCGUCGACUGACUCUGGUUACGAUGAUGUGAAUAUGGUGAACGAUGUCCACUGAGCGGAGAUGGGAGUCCCAACGGUCUCUGGGCGUCGUCUACAUGGUGCAUGAGAGUGCAUGAGAGUGCACGUGAGCGUGCCCCAUUGGUGGCGCUCGUGUGCCGCCGGUCUGCACUGAAUGAAUGGCGUCCCCCCCCCCCCCCCUCUCUUAAGGUGACCGCAGUUGGGCCUCCAACUAACUCGUCACGUUUUAAACAAAACAAGGGCUGUUUGCCUGAGCUGUAAUCUUUUUAGUUGUUGUUUUGAAGUCCUUAAAUGUGUCGUCCACGGCGGAGACGAUGACUCGUGCCUUAUUACUGUCGUUCCUCUAUUUUAUCACAAACUACUUCACACUAUUUUUACUGAACUAACUAACAAUUCAAUGUGUUCUGACACUAAGGAUGAUUAAACAUGUCGAUUUAAAUAAAGAUGGGUCUGCCUCUU